AGGGUUGAGCCUUCUAAGCUAUCGAUAAUUCAGGGAUGGCAAAAUCGUAAAAAGAAGACGCCUACAAAUUGUUAUUUUUUAUCUGAAAAAACCAUAACAUUAACAAUUUUAUUCAAAGCCGGAUAAUUAUAACUUACUACUAACCACUAGUAUGCCGGCCUACCACUCGCAGAUCAAAGAAGUGCGCCAGCAGGUGGGCAACUUGGCCAUCUUGCCGCUGCGGACACAGGUGCGCGGACCAGCGCCCAGUGCAAAUGUGGAGAACGACAUCAUCGAUGAGUCACUGUACUACUUCAAAGCGAAUGUCUUCUUUCGCACAUAUGAAAUCAAGUCCGAUGUAGAUCGUGUCCUUAUUUAUGUGACGCUCUACAUAACCGAGUGCCUAAAGAAGCUAAACCGCUCCACAAGCAAGGCUCAGGGACAGCAGGACAUGUACAGCCUGGCCAUCUCCAAGUUCGACAUUCCUGGCGAUGCCGGUUUUCCCUUGAACGCCGUCUAUGCCAAGCCGCAGAGCGUUCAGGAUGCGGACCUAAUGCGCCAGUACCUCCUACAGCUGCGCCACGAAACCGGCAACAGGGUGUUGGAAAAGGUCUUCAGCACCGAGGAUGGCAAGCCCAACAAAUGGUGGACCUGUUUCGCCAAGAAGAAAUUUAUGGAGAAGAGCCUGGCUGGGCCUGGACAAUAAAAAGCAUUAUCCAAAAUUGGCCAAAUAAAAUUAAUGUUUUUUAUCUUUGACCGGCGAAAACCCUUUGCAAUUUUUUUAAGUGUCACUGCCAAAUUGUCACUUUAAAUUAUUUAAAUCCCUAAGCUUUUUCGUUAAAAAAAAUAGUAAAGUUAUCUAAGGAAUACGGGCUUUUUUCCCAAUAACUAGAAGUUAAAGACAAAACUCGUUAAUAAUAACAAAAAAAAAGGAAAUAUGCUAAAUCCGAGGUAUACUCAUCAUAAUCAAAAUAGAAAAA